AUGGUGAAAUCCGGUGAUGAUAAACAAUCAAGUUCAGUGGCCAUAGUCAACCGAAAUUUAUCACCGCUCCAUCGAACACGAUCACUAACACGAGGCAACCUACUGUCAACUGUGUCACUUACCCAAGCGAAAACUCAAUCACGCUCAAAAACAGAACAAAAAGCACACAAAAUACAACCAGCAGCAACAUCAGUUCUAAUUAGUGCUUCUGACUCAGUUACAAAUGAAAUUACAACAGUUAAUGGUCAGUCGAACAAUGAAAUGGAACAGGAAGAAAUUGAUCAUGCCACGAGUGAUGUUAGUACAACAAACAACAUCAUAUGCGUAACAAGAAAGCCGGGAAGAAAAAAACUAAGUCCUGUUUUAGAAUUUGCUAAACGCUUAGGACGAACAGAGUUUCUAUGUUUAAUAUGUAAUAAGGUACGUUUGUCGAAUUUUAUGAACUUAAAAGUAUAUAUGAGUAUGAAAUCAGCCAUUUUUUCGAGUCAAAAAAUUGUUACUUUAUAUGAAUUACAAGGUAAAGUUGCUGCCAUUGUAACAGACAAUUGCAGCAAUAUUAAGUCAGCCACACAAGUUGGUUUUGGAGUCCGUAUUUAUUGUUGUUGUCAUGCAUUAAAUUUAAUGAUUCAGAAUUCUUUACAAUUAUGGCCAAAACAGACAACGGAUAAGAAGAAAGAAGAAGAUGAUGAUAGUGGACUUUCGGAGAAUGACAAUACUAGUAUGACCGAGAUAAGUUCGGAUGAUAAUGAGGAUGAAGUUGAUGAUGAUUCCAGUAUGAACGAUUCUUCUACUGAUGAUGAACAAUCACGUAAAUAUAUAAGAAAAAUACAAAAAUCGUCUAUAUUAUAUAAUGCUGUGAAAAAUAUGGCUCCGGGUCAGUUAAAGGUGGGUUUGAUUAUAGAUAUGAAAAUUAGAUGGAACAGCACGUUUAAAAUAUUAAAGCGACUGUUAUUAUUUCGAGAAUCAUUAAAUGAAUUUCACCAGCAUGAUUUAUCUAACUCGAUUGACUCAUUGAAAUUAUCGUUUGACGAGUGGAGAACUAUCGAAACGUUAGCAAAUAUCCUCGAUCCAAUGAAUGAUGCCUCAGAGAUAUUGGCCGGCCAACAAUAUUCUUCUUUGUCUGCUGCUUUUGGUAUCAUAAAUGCGUCAGAAUUUUUCUUGAAAACAAAAAGUUACGAUCCGUUUGAAAACUGUGUGAAAUCAUCGCUGUUGAAAUGUUUCAGAUUUUAUUUCAAAGAUCAAAUGGAUAAAAUACAAUAUAAGUUUAUGCUGCUUGCGGCAUAUUUAAAUCCAAAUACACAUUUGGAAUUAUCUAAUGAAGACAAAGUACUGGCCAAACAAUUAAUUUUAGAAGAGUGGAAAACAACUUCGCCAGCAGCCAGAGCCACAGCUCCUUUAGUAACAACAACGCAACAGCAACAACAACCACCUGCCAGUACUAAAAUGGCUAUAUUUUUAAAAAAAAUUGGUAGACCUAUUCUCUCAACAUUAACAACUACAAAUUCGAAAAUGUCCGCUCCAGAUGUAACAGAAGAGAUAGCGCUUUUUCAAUUAUUGCCAAAAAAAGAUAUUAACACAUCUUCAUUCUGGUUGGAAAAUACUGAUCGCCUACCGCUAUUAUCAAAGUUUGUGAAGAAAUAUUUAGCUAUACCAGCAAGCACCGUCGCAAGUGAAAGUGCUUUUUCAAUUGCAAACUUUAUCCUCAGAAAUAGUCGUUGUGGCUUUUCGUCGAAGUCAAUUAAAUUUUCCAUGUUCCUGAGAGACAAAGUCUAG